GCCGAUGCUGGUGCCGGGUGCUGGGUGCUUGUGCUGACUGACGUAUUGGCUGUAGCCGCGACCAGCUCGGCCGACGGGCCCCGCUGUCGGAGCCGCGACCUGCGCUGCACCACUGCUGCAUUCUGCGCCGCCGCGCUGCUGCUCCCCCCGACUGGGUGCGGGUGGACUCGCGGACGGGACCCGCAGACCGCCUGUCCUGCUGCUGCAACCCGCCAUUCCUCAUCCAUCCCCCAUCCCUCCUCCCUCUCUUCCCUCCCCGUCCACCCACGCAUUCAUUCAUUCCCUCAUCCUUCCCCUUCUCACUCUGCUCGGCUCGCUUGCUUGGGCCGGAGAGGCGUCCUCCACUGCCGCGGUCUUCGAGAUCUCGCUUCGCUUUGCAUUCUUGCCAUUCUCAGCUCGAACCUACUAGAACACCCUUUUCGGCAGCGUUCGCCACCGACCGCUGCCUUCAGUCGCCGAAGCGUUCGACCUGCUCCAAAUGGAAGUCUGAUGCUUCCAGCCAACCACGAGAGCCAGAGCGGAGACCCCCAUCGUCCGAUUUUUAUCCCCUUUCCUCAUUACCAAAGCUUCUCCAGUGCUUUUUAAUCACUCUCGCCAUAUCAGUCUGCGGAAUCUUCAUAGCCUCAGCAGCUGUGUGCCGUGACCCAGACACUUGCGCAGCUCAGCGUCACCUUAUAUUAAUGCCACCUUGCUUAUCCUUUGGCUGGACCAUUGACUUUCGCCACGGCUAAAUCAACAAGAUUCCCGUCUCCCUUCGCUGAGCAACUCAGCGCCCAUACGUCCGGUCCCUUGUUCAGCAGAGGGAUCUUUGAACCAACAUGGACUCGCCGAUACCUCCAGACCCAUACCUAGCACUCGGCGUACCCAAGAACGCUGAUGGCGACGCGAUCAAGAAGGCCUACCGGAAGUUGGCGCUCAAGCUGCAUCCUGACAAAUGCACAGACGAGUCGCAGAAGGCCGCAAGGACGGACGAAUUCACCAAGAUCCAGCAGGCGUACGACAUACUCGGAGACGAUGAAAAACGGCGCAAGUAUGACGCCCAGGUACGUUUGGCGGAGCUGCGAAGGCAGAACAUGGAGCUGCGCAGUGCCGCAGCCGCAUCCCAGCGACCGGAUAUGAGAUACAACGUUCGCAUGUCGGCACCACGAGAGACUUCGUACAGCACCAGUCGAACCGCCCCUCCACCGCAGCCAAAGGCUACCUACGAGCAGCCGUCGCCCAGGCCUCGGUACUAUGAUGACGACUACGAUGCCACUCGUGGUUCCACACGAAAAGCAAACUUCAUGGACGACUAUACCUACGUUAAGCGACCCUCGCCGCGAGAAGAGAAACGCGAAAAGAUGCGAGUCCACGUUGAACUUCGCGACGAGGAGCGACGACGCGAUGCCAAAAGACGCGAUGCAGAAGUUCGCGAAUCGAGGUCGUCGAAAUACACGCGAGACGAGUACGAGGAAGAUCGUCGCAGAAGAGAUUACGACGACAUGAGGCGGAAGACGGAUGCCUACGAGAGCCACAGCAGCUCAACCGAGCGCAUCAUUGAGGAACGUAUGCGAGACGCACAGAGGCACAUGGAAAGACAAGCCGCUGCCAGGCCAAGUAUUUCCCGACGCGAGUCAACCCGUCAAGUGCCUCCCUACAGAGAACCCGAAGUUCGCCGCUCAGCGGCUCCUCCCAAGGACAAGGAUCGCGCACGUGAGACCAGGAGAACUUCGCCCAGCAAGGAUGAGAGGCGACGAACGACAGAGCACGCCGACCCGUACGAGAGACGCGUCCCCAACCUUUCGUCCCACUCCUCCGCACCUCCCGUUGUUGAAAGCAUGCCGCCACCGCCACCGAGGACCUACAGUUCAACCAAUGUCGAGUCGCGGAAGAAGGCCAAGGAUCCGUCGCCACCACCAACCUUGUCGAGGUCAAACACGGACACCACGGGGACAGCCUCGGCAGGCUUCUCAGCCGCGUAUCACUAUGGUGACGAGCGCGCUGCGCCACAUAUGUCCUACUCAAACGGGCAUCGCACGGUCCUACGGGAGCCCACCACGUACGCACGUCGCAGUGAGUCGUCGCCUGUCCAGCCAUCAAAAGGUGCCGUCAAGAUGAAGGGUCUAGACCCUAAGUCAGUUAAGCGAACGGCAUAUUCUAUCGCACCCGGAGUAGGCGCUAUUCCAGUCGUAGAGCCUGCGUCCAAGAGCAGUAGUCGUCCCCGCGUCAGUGAGCGUGAUAGAGACUAUUCCUAUGAUCGCUCGCGCCCGCAGUUCUUCGGCGAGUACGGCGCAGGCACUGUUGACCCACGCUACGCUCACCCCUCGCCGGAAUUUGACGGUGCGACCUACCACCGCCAACCUUCCCGCCCCCGUGAUUUAGAAAGGGCGUCUUAUACGCAGCAUUCAACUUAUGUGUAUUGAUUUAUCCCUUUUAUGAGUCGGAUUAUAACGACCCCCCAAUUUCGCAUAUGAGCGCAUCUCUUUACGGCGGAGGAUUUUUCCCACCAGAAAAAAAACGUGGCAUACAUAUCUCUCUAUGUUGACCACGGCUUGAUGACCAUAAAAUACUUUAGAAAAACACCCAUACUUUGUGAUUCUUUGUAUACCAUUCGCUUUUGAUUUCCAAGCUCACGAUUUUCCUCUGGGUGGCGUUUCAGGGCGGUCCGCUUGCUUCCGGGAGUUUUUGGUGUGGGGAGGAGCCCGUCGAGUACUUCUUGGCAUGGCGAGACAAGUAUCACUUGGAAGAGCUCGUUCGUCUUGUGGCAUAUGGGAAGUGGAGAAGUGUUUGUUUCUCUUUGCACGGCAUUUGGAUUGUAUUGGGAUUUGGGAUCGGGACGGGACAGGAAGCUAAGGAUGCGAAGCACAUCCCGUCAGGAGCCGUAUCCUUUUGGAGAACUCUUACGUCCGGAAGAAACUUUGUAUGAAGUAGAAUCAUGAACCAUUGAUGGCCUUGGUAUGGUGUGGGAACAAAGGCCAAAUGGGUCAGCUCGCAGGAGUUUGAACCAUCGACACCCGCCAUAUCCGUAUAUUCUCAUGACGCCUGAUGCAGUGCGCGCCUGGGCGAUACGUCUUUAAUGAUGACGAAAUAGUAGAACCCUUUUAAAUGA